CGAGAGUGGGUUUUUACAAACUACUGAAAAGGAUAAUAAUAUAAAAACACCCCAUUCUAGAACUCGCCAGACUUGUCUCCAAUUUCGUGCUGUAGACAAGCGCACUCAUGAAAAAUAUUCGAAAGCUGUAGCGUACUUUAUUGCUACCUCCAUGCAACCGUAUAGCGUGGUUGAUUCUGAGGGAUUUCAAAUAUUAUUAAAAACUAUAGCUCCUAACUUUAAAUGUCCUCAUAGAAAUGCUAUGAGAGAUAAAUAUAUACCAAUGUUAUAUGCGCAGACCAAAGAGACUAUUACAACAAUUAUGAAAAACGCAACAGACAUAUCUUUUACAACUGAUUGCUGGACUUCUGAAGCAAAAAAUCCUUAUUUUUCACUUACUGCACAUUUUAUAACAGAAGAUUGGAAAUUAAUGAGCGCCUGUCUGAAUUGUUCUUUAUUAGAUGUCGAUCAUACGGCUCUAAAUCUAAAAGACAGUCUAUUAAACGCAUUAGAAGAAUGGAAUAUUUCUCGAUCGUCUGUUGCAGCAUUUUCCACAGAUAAUGGCUCGAAUAUAGUUCUAGCAAUUUCACUUAUGAGCGUGCCACAUAUAGCUUGUUUUGCUCACACCACACAGAUUGGUGUAGAAAACUUGCUAAAAGAUGAUUCAAUAACGCCAGCUUUGGCAAAAGCACGUAAAAUUCAGUCUACAAUGUUUCUGUCUACAAAAGCUCGUAGAUGUUUUAGAGAAAUUAUGCAGGGUUCAAAUAAGAAAGCAAAAAUGAUUCCCGCAGCCACACCAACUGGAUGGUGGUCCACUCUGAAUCUAAUAGAAGCUGUUGUAUCACAAGAUGCAGGAAUUACGCAGUUUCUUCUAACUUACAAUCAAGGAAAAUAUUCUGAACUUAGAUUAAAUGCAGAAGAGUAUGACAUAUUGAAAACUGUUGUUAGAAUUCUAAAACCAAUACAAGAAAUUUGUCUAUUAAUGUCCAGCGAGCAAUAUGUUACCGCAAGUACAAUAUUACCACUCGUUAAUCUCAUUGAAGAGUCGCUGGAAAAUGAAAAAGAGACAGAUUUUCCCAUCGAUGUUGACGAUGUAACG